AUGAUGAUUAUGAUGAGAGGAUCUAGUUCUGUGAAGAUGGUAGCAGCAGCGAUGUUCAUCUGGUUGGCUUGCAGCUGCUCCAGCAGCGCUGAUCAGAGCAGCAGGUGGCAAGCAGCAGAUACAAUGACAGAAGUAGGCGUUCCAAAAUGCAACGUCCACAUGAUAAAGGACGGCUCGCACAUCGCGGGCGCGUUCGUGAACCUGAUAAGGAAGUUUGUGACCGCGACGCCGGACCUCAUCAAGCACCCUGGGGAGAAGCUUUGCUACCGUGCUUCCGACCACGAUAUCUGGGCAUACGGCGCCGUGUCCUGCUUCAACGACGUCUCCCAUUGCGCGGCCUGCAUCCAACGCGCCCUCGCUGCGCUGUCGGCGAGCUGUUCGGAUAAGUGGGGCGCGAGAGUCACCAUGAACAACUGCUUCAUGAGGUUCGAGAGCUACAAGUUCUGCAACAAAAAAUAG